AUGGCCGCGGAGUAUGACCUCAAACCUGCCUUCGUCAAAAUGAAUGCCCAAGUGACUCAAGCUAUCCGUGACCGUCUUGAAUGGAUUGGCGUUGAUUGGAUCUCGGAUGAAGACAAACCGGAAGAUGGCAAGGAGAUUCGUCUCCUGGAUUAUGCCGCCGGGACAGGUGUAGUGUCCAGGGCCCUCGGUCCGUAUGUCACCCAUACCCUCGGCGUCGACAUCUCGCCCGGCAUGGUCAACAAAUUCAACGAGCAUGCCCGAAAAGCCGGCCUUGACCCCUCCCGCAUCCACGCCAUCGAAGGAGACUUGUGCAGCGACCCGCCAACCGUCUCCUUUACCGAGAUGCCCAGCACCAACUUCGACAUCGCGGUUGUCUGUGCGGGCUUCCACCACUUCAACGACACCGAGUUAGCCACCAAGCGGCUCGCCGAGCGCCUGAAGCCAGGCGGUGUCCUCUUGAUCAUGGACUUCCUUACUCCUAGCGGAGAAGAUGGGAAGGUCCCGGACGAAGUCAAGCACAUGGUCAAGGUGUUUGGUUUUGAUGAGCCGACUAUGAGGCGGCUGUUCGAGGGCGCCGGCUUGGUUGACUUUGAUCUUUGGAUCAUGCCGGAGAAGGUUGUGCUCGAAAGAGAGAAGGAUGGGGAGAUGAUGAGGCGUGAGAUAACUGUGUUCUUUGCCAAGGGGAGGAAGCCGGCCGCGUAG